GAGCUGCCGAGGCGCCUCGGUUGAGAGGGUUUCAGCCGCCGUGCCGGUCCGCUGCGGUGUUUGCACUCCGGUCUGGAUUUCUAUCUUGGGGCUCGAGGGGAGUCCCUGUGCGUGGCGGCGCCUCUGGCGGUGUGUGCAGUGAGCGGCUGGGACUGGGAUCCCGAUCCGGGAAAGCCGGCAUUCCCAGGGGGCAAUGGCUACAGAGAGUGCUUCCUCAGAAAUCAUAGAAAAAAAACGAACAGUGUUGCUCAAUGUCCUCCAACAAGAUCCUGACUCUAUCUUGGACACGUUAACCUCCCGGAGACUGAUUUCUGAGGAGGAGUAUGAGGCUCUAGAGGAAAUUACAGAUCCCCUGAAGAAAAGUCGGAAGCUGUUAAUUUUGAUACAGAAGAAAGGAGAGGACAGCUGUCGUCGUUUCCUCAAGUGUUUGUCUAAUGCCUUUCCAGAGUCAGCUUCCACCUUGGGCUUAAAGCAUGAAGUUCCAAGGCAGGGGACUAAAGAGACUGUGGAGGUGAGCAGAGAUUCUGAAGAUCCCUUUUCUCUUGGGAUGAUAACCCUGGAGAAUGCUGAGAUAGCAGAGCUCUCAGAAGAGAAAGAAAGUCUCUGUCUCGGAACUCCUCACCGGGAACCGGCAGUGUCCUCCUGGGAGACCAGGGAAAGGUGUGGUACACUGCAAGUCACUGCUCCACGUUCUGUCAAAAGAGUUGUGUAUGAAGUUCCAGCAAGUAUCACCUUCUUAAGAGAUGGACAGAGAUACGAGGAGCCAGAUGAUUCGCUCUACUUAGAAGAAGGGGAACAACAAGAAUACCUUGGGUACCCUGCUGUUUUGGAGGAAGGGGCCAGCGAUGAUCCACAGUGCUUUGUAUAUGAUAAUGAAGAGGAUUUUGAGAAAGAAGAGGCCAUGGGGUUCCCCAGUGAAGACAGUAACUGCGACCAAGCUUCAGAGACCUGCUUCUCAUUGGAAGAGGAGGAGAAAAUCGCUGAGGAAAGAAAAAGAGUGUUUCAACAUGUCCUGUCCUGUUUGAACAUGGAUAGAAGCAGAAAGAUUCUCCCAGAUAUUGUGAAGCAGUUUUCCAUCGACCGAGGAUGUGAAUGGACGCCUGAGACCCCAGGAGACUUAGCUUGGAAUUUCCUGAUGAAAGUUCAGGCUUUAGACUUGACAGCCAGAGAUUUUAUCCUUAGGCACAAGAUGGUGGAUGAAGAGAACACAGAAGAAUUGCUGGCUGGAAUAGAGAAGUUAGGAAUUGGAGACACACAAACCAUCAAUCCCCUGGAUGUCCUCUGUGCCUGCAUGCUCUGUGCAGACAGCUCUUUGCAACGUGAAGUCAUGUCAAACAUGUACCAGUGCCAGUUUGCUCUUCCCCUGCUACUGCCAGAUGCAGAAAACAACAAAAGCAUCUUAAUGAUGGGGGCCAUGAAGGACUUAAAGCAUCACUCAACGCAGUCCUCAGGAGGGCCCCCCCAGGAAACAGACACGUGUCUGAGUCGCAUGAAGAUACCUUUCAUCUCUUUUGUGCGACUAGGACACUGCAGCUUCUCCAAGUCCAGAAUUCUUAACGAACUGCUCAGCUCUUCCCUACAGAAACCACACAAAUGUUUUCUCCAUCGGGAUCUGUCUGUUCCUGUGCUUCCUCGGCAAAUUUCUGAUGGCCUGGUGGAAGUGGCAUGGUGUUUUCCUGACAAGGAGCUAAAGGUGAGCCCUCAUGUUUUCCAGAAACCUGUCGCUGUGGCCAACCUUCGUGGAGAUCUAGAAAGCUGUUGGAUCCAGUUUGGUUUUCUGGUGGAAGUUUCCUCUGCAGUGUUCUUUUUCACAGACUGCCUUGGUGAGAAGGAAUGGGACUUGCUAAUGUUUUUAGGAGAAGAUGCUAUUGAAAGAUGCUACUUUGUCCUCAGUCCCCAGGCCAAGGAGAGCGAAGAGGCUCACAUUUUCCAAAGGGUCCUAAAACUGAAGCCAUCACAGCUACUGUUUUGGGAAGUAGAGGAAGCUGGGGAUAGAAGGAAGACUAUGGAGACCCUUCAAGCUGCCCUCCAGGAAGUAAUGUCCUCUGCACUCAGAUGUGUGUCCCUUGAAGAUAUGGCCUCUCUGGCCAGGGAGCUGGGGAUUCACGUAGACCAAGAUUUUGAAGUUACUCAAGAUACUCAAGUUUCCUCCAGAACAAUUAAAGGUGAGAACCAACAACCACUUAGUCAGAAAAAUAGCCCAUCUGAAAGCCAAGCUCAGAAGCCAAUCAGAGAGCCUGGGACUCAAUGUGAGGACAGUCAGAAUGCGCUCAUCUUCCAUCAGACGCCAGUAUUCACGCCUCAUUCAGCAUACCCGUGGCCCUUGCCCAUUGAAGCUGGAAGUAACCUUUACCAUAUUCCCUUGAGAGCCCCCUGGCUUGUAAGCUCCCAGCUUAGGUCACAGCAGAGGGCUAAGUGGUUCUUUCAGUUCCCCCAUCAGAGUACAAGUAUUCACAACAGAGGUCAACACUUUGGUAUUAAAUACUUCCAACCCUGGAGAUUUUAUUCAAGGGGAAGAUUCACAAAAUGUUCAACAACUCCUCAGCAGUAUCACUUGAAUGGACCAUUUGGGAGAUCACAGAGACAGACUCCUCACGUACAGACCCAUCUUGAGGGCAGGCAGACAUCGAGAACUCUUCAGAAGUCUGGGACAGUGGUCUCUCGUGUAGGUCACAUACAUUCUCCUGGCCCACAAGCUACAAAAUCGUCAGGGAAGCCACAGCCUGAGAGAGCCUGUGCCCAGGGGAUACAGUUGACUAAACCAGCUGGAAAACCUGUAAGGACACCGUCUCAUAUUAAAUAUCCUCACCCUCAGCCCUGCCAACCAGCAGGAGCCAUUCAAGAACGGAUAAUACCUGUUUCUCAUCAAGGAGCCCAACAAACAACACAGGGAAGGCCUUCAGAUCUAGCUUUCAAACCAGGGUCUCAAUCUACAUCUGGGAGUAAACUUUCAUCUACCUCCCAGUCCGGCUGCCAUCAAUCCAAAUUCCAGAGCAAACACUUCCAGCCUAAGCCCUUUCAACCUGUGCCUUCUCAGAAAAAAUUGUCUCACACCCAUCCCUCCCAUGCUAAACCCUCUCAUCAGAAUCCCUCUCAUGCUAAUCCCACUCAUGUGCAGUCUUCCCAUGCUAAACUCACUCACUCCCAGGCUUCCCAAGCUAACUCCCAUCAUCCCCAUCCCUCCCAUGCUAAACCCUCUCAUCAGAAUCCCUCUCAUGCUAAUCCCAUUCAUGUGCAGUCUUCCCAUGCUAAACUCACUCACUCCCAGGCUUCCCAAGCUAACUCCCAUCAUCCCCAUCCCUCCCAUGCUAAACCCCCUCAUCUGAAUCCCUCUCAUGCUAAACCCCCUCAUCUAAAUCCCUCUCAUGCUAAACCCCCUCAUCUGAAUCCCUCUCAUGCUAACCCCACUCAUGUGCAGUCUUCCCAUGCUAAACCCACUCACUCCCAGACCUCCCAAGCUAACUCCCAUCAUCCCCAUCUUUCCCAUGCUAAACCUUCUCAUCAGAAUCCCUCUCAUGCUAAUCCCACUCAUGUGCAGUCUUCCCAUGCUAAACCUACUCACUCCCAGGCUUCCCAAGCUAACUCCCAUCAUCCCCAUCCCUCCCAUGCUAAACCAACGCAUCCACAGUCCUCCCAAGCUAAGCCCUCCCCAUCCCAAUCUACUCAGUCCAAAGCACAUAAACCCCAUCAGUCCCAAACUAAGCCACCGAGACCCACUCAACCUAAAUCAUCACAGACCAAGCCUUCACAGGCCAAGGCCUUCCACCCAAGAACAGGGAGACGUUAAACAUACUCUAGAGAUCUAGGAAGUAUGGUCAUUGCUUAAGUUAUUCUUCUCAUAUAGUAGUCUGAAGAAAAGUUUCAGUGAAAGACUGAUAAAAGUAGCAAAACAAUAAAAUUAUGCAAAGUCUUAAGUGCAUAGCAAAGUAAGUGUAGAAAAUAUGAAAGCAGUUAAAAGUGGGAUCUGGCUGGGCAAGGUGGCACCUACAGGGUUUAGCAUGGGAGGGCUGUGUCAUCCCAACUCAGGAGAAGGAGGCAGGUAUCUGUGUGUUUGAGGCCAGUCUGGUCUACAUAACAAUGAUACAGCAAGUUCUAGAUCAGGCAGAGUACAUAAUGAGACCCUGUCUGGGGACAAAAGGGUUGGAUCUAACAUCAAAGAGAUUAGUCAGUAUUCCAGAAGGCAUUAUUAUUUACAUUCAGCGGGUUACCGAAACCAAACCAACUAACCCUCCAAAGGAGCAGGAAGGAGUGGGUGGGUGUCAGGCUGAGCAGGAAGGGAGAAGAGCUGAGGAUGGGUAUGAUCAUUGUAGACAUGUAUGAAACUGUCAAAUCAUAAAUGCGAGAUGAGAUAAGAAUAGGAUCUAAGGAUACAUGAACCCAUUGAGUCCAACCCACCCUAUUAGAUGAUGUGGGAUUUGAACCCAGGGAGUGGAGUCUGUCAGAUAGCCAGAUGUGUUAAGAGUGGAGUUACUGUGUAAUUGUAAAGUGAUGAAAGUGUGGAGCUCAGCUUAUCUCAGUGUUGAAGAAAAGCUGCUUCAGAGGUGCCUUGCUUUUGGGUUUAUUAUCGGCCACUGAGCAGAUACUCUGCACCAUUGGUGCAGUUAAAUCAACUUGCUUCUGGUAAUAGCCCUAUAUCCCUGCCUGAUAAGACUAUCUCAUUUCCCCUUACACACGGAAAUAAUGAAUGUUCAAUAAAACAUACAAUUUUACAAUUACCAGAGU